ACAUCUUUUGAAGCGGACAAGGUCAAAAGCACUCUGCGGCAAUUUGUACGUGAUUGGAGUGUUUUGGGGGCAUCAGAGCGCGAAGCUUGUUAUGAACCAAUGCUCGUGGCCCUAGAUAGCUAUACGGAACAGUUAUUGCCCAAGAUUAUAGAUCGGAGACAGAUUCGCGUCCUCGUGCCAGGGUGUGGACUGGGUCGACUUGCUUGGGAGGUAGCUGAUCGAGGCACUAUCCUACCAUUCACCAUAUCAGGAUAUGUAUCGCAAGGCAAUGAAUCAUCUUAUCAUAUGAUCAUGGCUUCAAAUUUGGUCCUCAACAACGCUAUUUGUCUCGAUCAAUGGUCAAUUUAUCCUUUUGUUCACUCGCUUUCAAAUCAAACCUGUCAGGAGGACCUGCUAUCAGAAGUCAAAUUCCCAGACCGAUUGUCUUCAAAUGAAUUCAAUGCUGAAGACUUUGGAAUUUCUAUGGGAGAUUUCACUGAAAUCUUUACAAAGCCCGAAGAAAAAGACAACUGGGAUGUUAUCCUCACUUGUUUUUUCAUUGAUACUGCUAAAAACAUUGUCGAAUAUUUAAGAACGAUUCAUCAUCUUUUGAAACCUGGAGGGAUGUGGGUAAACCUUGGACCUACACUAUGGCACUACGAAGGAUCAUCCAAUCCGAUGGACACGUCAAUCGAAUUGGACGUAAAUGAAAUCAAAGCGCUUUGUCAACAAAUGGGGUUUGAAUUAGAUCCCAACUAUGUAAGAAUCCUCUAA